AUGAGGGCCCGAAAUUGAAUCACUCAGAGUUAGAAUUUGUUUCAAAUAAGAGUGGCAAAUCACUCUUAAAUAAGAUCCUGAACUCGCCAUUCGGGUAAAUCUUGGUCAGCGGGUUCUGUGAUUGUUCCGACCACUGGAGAAGGGAAAUUUCUUGCAUUGCUCGGACCGCCGUCUUUUCCUUCACGCUUCCUGAGAAUCCCAAAAAAACAAGGAAAACAUGUCCCCAUCUUUCCACCUUUCCAUCAAGUUUGCAACUGUUGCGUUGGAAUCCUUUAUUCAUCCUAAUCUAAAUUUAAAAAAAAAAAAAAAAAAGAUUCUCUUCCCCCUUCCGUCUUCUUCUUCUUCGACGUCCUGUGAGAAUAUCCAAGUUCUUCCGGCGAAGAUCGACCGACGAUGGAGUUCAAGAAGUCCAAAGCCGUGCCCAGCGUCGUGCAAGCCUCCAGGCCUCCGUUCCGGAGCUGCCACGACUGCCUCGGUUUUGACGCCCACGCGUCGUUCCUCGCUUCCGGCAGAAGAGAAAAUAGUGAAGGAUUGAGACAACGCAUCAACGAGCCUGGUCUUGCUGCUCGUGAACAUUGGGGUCCACACUUUCAUCCUUCGGGAGUUGUAUGUCCUCCUGUUUAUCCUCUUGGUGGCGGUGACCUUAUUAUCGGGCCUGGGGCUGGAAUGUACCCAACCAGGGGUGGUUAUGGUAGCAGCAGGAGUAUGCUUUUAGGACCCAGAGAUCCCAGUUGGUUCGGCGGAGCCGGAGCCCAACCGGGUAUCCCUCCGGGUGCUCGUUUUGAUCCAUAUGGUCCACCUGGUGUGCCUGGUUUUGAGCCUAGUCGAUUUGUCAGAAACCCGAGGAGACCUGGUGGCGGGGCACACCCAGACUUGGAGCACUUCCGGGACGUUUCGGAUUUCAUCUGAAUCGACCACGAGAAGGAAAAUCAAGUGGAAGAGAUGUGGCGAAAGUAAAAUGUUGCUGCUCAGAAACAUUCUCCGCCCUUAUAAUUUGGCUUUCUGUCUGCCUGAGUCGAAUGGUUCUCUGUAUAUUUCUAUGUCGAUAAGUUCUUUAUUGUGAUGGUAAUGGUUUAAUUUGCGUUGCUGCUUCGAAUGUGAAAACUUGGCUCUGGCGCAUCCUGCUGAUCUCUAAAGCUGCGCCGGAUGAGUGUUUUCUUCAA